AUGAAGUUUUCUGCGUCUGUCGUGCUCUCGGCCGCGGCCGUGGUCCUCGCGGCCCCCUUUCCCCAGCCGGCGCCGCCCGGCAUCCCCAGCGCGUCCACCGCGCGGACCCUGCUCAACGGGCUCAAGGUCGCCACGCCCGGCAGCGGCGACGGCUACAGCCGCGAAAAGUUUCCCCACUGGGAGACGGUCAACGGCACCUGCAACACGCGCGAGUUUGUGCUCAAGCGCGACGGCACCGACGUCAAGGUCAACGACGCGUGCGCGGCCACGUCGGGCACCUGGAAGAGCCCGUACGACGACGGCACCUGGACGCAGGCGAGCGACGUCGACAUUGACCACAUGGUGCCGCUCAAGAAUGCGUGGAUCUCGGGCGCCUCGGCGUGGACCACGGAGCAGCGCAAGGGCUUCGCCAACGACAUCACGCGGCCGCAGCUCUGGGCCGUCACGGACAACGUCAACCAGGCCAAGAGCGACCAGAGCCCCGACGAGUGGAAGCCGCCCCUGACGAGCUUCUACUGCACCUACGCCAAGAGCUGGGUCCAGGUCAAGAGCUACUACAAGCUGACCAUUACCGACGCCGAGAAGGGCGCGCUGUCGGGCAUGCUGGACAAGUGCUGA